CGUCUGUGUGUGUGUGUGAGUGGGAAAGUGACGAAUUACUUUUCAUCAAAUGGGAAAUAAUUUAGUUUGAAAACACGUAUAUCUAUCCAAAGCAGCGUUAAAAUCCAGUCGUAAGAACUCUGAACGACGACGAGGUAAAUCGGCGCAGGCAAAGCAAAAACCGUAAAUUCGACAAUUACACCAGCGAAAUGGCGGAAGGCGGCAGUAAGCGCAUCAACGUGGUUGUGAAAACGCCAAAGGACAAGAAGACGGUCGAGGUUGAUGAAGAUUCUGGAAUAAAAGAUUUCAAAAUUCUCGUCGCACAAAAGUUCGAGUCGGAGCCGGAGCAGCUGGUGCUGAUCUUCGCCGGCAAGAUCAUGAAGGACACGGACACGCUCAAGAUGCACAACAUUAAGGACAACCUGACGGUGCAUCUGGUGAUCAAGGCGCCAACGCGCAGCAACGAACAGCCGGCCCGCGCUCCGGCCGAUGUCCGUCAGACGCCGUUUGGCCUAAACCAGUUCGGCGGCCUGGCCGGAAUGGAGGCGUUGGGCGCCGGCUCGAAUACGUUCAUGGACCUGCAGGCGCGCAUGCAAAAUGAGAUGCUGGGAAACGGUGACAUGCUGCGCUCGCUGAUGGAUAAUCCCCUGGUGCAGCAGAUGAUGAACAACCCAGAGACGAUGCGCCAGCUGAUCACUUCGAAUCCUCAAAUGCAGGACCUCAUGCAGCGCAAUCCAGAGAUCUCGCACAUGCUCAAUAACCCGGACCUGCUGCGGCAGACUAUGGAGCUGGCCCGCAACCCAUCCAUGUUGCAGGAGCUCAUGCGCUCUCACGAUCGCGCCAUGUCCAACCUUGAGUCGGUGCCGGGCGGCUAUAGCGCGCUGCAGCGCAUCUAUCGCGACAUCCAGGAGCCGAUGAUGAAUGCGGCUACCGAGUCCUUCGGCCGCAAUCCCUUCGCCGGCCUAGUCGAGGGCGGCGGCUCUGCUGCCGGCGUCAAUCCGCAGCAGGGCACUGAAAAUAGAAACCCCCUGCCAAAUCCCUGGGGCGGCAGCGGUUCGGCCCUCAAUGGCACUGGCACCGGAGGACCUGGAUCUGGAACCGGCGUCGGCGGAAAUGGCACCGGCGGCGAUCUGCCUCCGAACAAUAUUAUGAAUACACCGGCAAUGCGCAGCCUACUGCAGCAGAUGGCUGACAAUCCGGCGAUGAUGCAGAACCUGCUGAAUGCGCCGUACACGCGCUCCAUGAUGGAGUCUAUGUCGCAGGAUCCGGAGAUGGCGUCGCGCCUGCUGAGCACCAGCCCGCUGCUGUCGAACAACCCCGCCCUGCAGGAGCAGGUGCGCCAAAUGAUGCCACAAUUCAUGUCCCAGAUGCAGAAUCCCGAGAUGAUGAACAUGCUGACCAAUCCGGAGGCAAUGAACGCCAUCCUGCAGAUCCAGCAGGGCAUGGAGCAGCUGCGCAGCGCGGCCCCGGGCUUUGUCGGCACCCUGGGCAUCCCGCCACCGCCGCCAGGCGUCAACUCCGCCUCGGAUCCGGCCAGCGGUGAUACCAACAGCGGCAGCGGUGCCAGCGUAAACAAUAUCUCGCCCAGCAGCGGUACUAAUGCUAGUGGCAACCCGGCCGCCGGUGGCCCCAGCCUGGCUCCAGGCGGUGGUCCGAAUGCGCAGCUCUUCAACGACUUCAUGAUGCGCAUGCUGAACGGCAUGUCCAACAACACGGACAGCACGCAGCCCCCGGAGGUGCGCUACCAGUCGCAGCUGGAGCAACUGGCCGCGAUGGGUUUCGCCAAUAGGGAGGCCAACUUGCAGGCUCUGAUUGCCACAUUCGGGGACAUCAAUGCGGCGGUGGAACGCCUACUAUCCCUCAACCAGUUGUCCCUGAGUUAACAACGUUAAGCCAUUUCCAAAUUGUACACACAACCUGUCUAUAUAUCUACGAACUACAACUAUAUCUACCACUAUAUAGCCCUGGAGAAUGCGAAUGAGAACUGAAACGAGAAUGAGAGCGAGAGGACACGACGACGAGAAGGGGAUGCGGAAACAGGCACGGAUACGGGCAACCUCCCAAUCCCAAUCCCACAGCAAAUUCCACAAGGUCAGCAGCUACCCGAUGCUGACCGUUUAUUCCUACAUCAAGCUAGAAGCGACUCCCUACAUACUAAACACUACGACACCAUACAACAUCUCAGACAGACAUACACCAUACAGGAGCGCAGGAUCAUUGGAGCGCUAAGAGAAUGGCAGGACAAGACGAUGAAGAGAUCGCAUACCAAAGCGUCGCAUAUUUUUCUUUUUUUUUUAACUGUUUACAUUUUGAGGCAAAGGAAGCGGAGAGGGAAAGCACACACACUCUAAAAACAUUUACCAACUUCACACCGAGGGAGAACUUGAUUGUUUUCUACUAAAUUUCAACCAAGCUUGCGGGCUGCUCUCGUUUGUCAUUAUUAAGUAAACUGAAAGCUUGUGACAUCCAGUUGUGUGCUUGCUCCAGAGAUGACUGUCGUCGGUUCUAGUCGGAGGCUGGUUUCCCCAUCCCUUCUCGCAGCUCAAAGAGGUUCUUGAUAGAGGCAGGGGUUCACGUGCUGGGGAUGUAAUUAGCUUAAAGGAUCGCCGACUGGAGCAUAAAUUUUUGUUUAACCGAUAUCUACCGUCAACUUGUAUUGUGUGCUUAUCUAUAUGUGUAUAUAGAUAUAUAUAUAUAUCAAAAUAUUCCAUGGUGUUACAAAAGACGUAAAACUAUUUGAAAUUCCUUAGUAAAAGAGAGAUAGAGAACGAGAGAGAGUAACGAACGCAACCCCCAAUACUAUAAUCUUUAAUUUAUUCGUAAGCAUUACCAAGAUCCGUAUCCGAUUUGUUGGCCGGCAGCCCGGAGGAGCAUCCCAUUUUCCUCACGUUCCAUUUCGUGCGCCCCUGUGUCUAUAUUUGAUGUAUGAAAAAUCAAUCUUUAACCUGUAAGUACUAUAACUACUAAAGAGCGUCGCUCGGUCGCCGCAGCUGGGCAAACACACACACAACAGCCAACGGAGCUCCGGGGGUGGACUAAUUGGGAGUCAGUGGAAUUAAGAAUGGGAGUCGGGAGGUACUGGAGAGCUGGCAAAGGCGAUCGGAGUUAUGCGGUUAUUCGUUUAGUGAUGGAAGUGAAACUAAGUAAUUAAAUGUAAAUGGUCACAUGUUUUAAAACAUAAUUAAUAAAGCUGCUUUGGUUUUAGAUUAUA